AUGAUUACCUUGCUAGACUUCUACCAUGUCAUGACGGCAAUGGUGCCGCUCUACGUGGCCAUGAUCUUGGCCUACGGCUCAGUGAAAUGGUGGAAGAUCUUCUCCCCGGACCAAUGCUCCGGUAUCAACCGAUUCGUGGCGCUCUUCGCCGUUCCGUUACUCUCCUUCCACUUCAUCGCUUCCAACAACCCUUACAAGAUGAACCUCCGAUUCCUGGCCGCCGACACGCUCCAAAAGAUCAUCGUCCUGGUCGUCCUGGCCAUCUGGAGCAACGUCACGAAGAAGGGUUGCUUAGAAUGGACCAUCACACUCUUCUCCCUCUCAACCCUCCCUAACACCUUGGUCAUGGGCAUCCCAUUGCUUAAAGGCAUGUACGGUGACUUCUCCGGCAGCCUCAUGGUCCAAAUCGUCGUCCUUCAGUGCAUCAUUUGGUAUACGUUGAUGCUCUUUAUGUUUGAGUUUAGAGGUGCUAGGAUGCUUAUUUCUGAGCAGUUUCCUGACACCGCUGGCUCUAUUGUCUCCAUCCACGUGGACUCCGACGUGAUGUCACUGGAUGGAAGACAGCCCUUGGAGACAGAGGCGGAGAUCAAGGAAGACGGAAAGCUCCACGUCACCGUCAGAAAAUCAAACGCCUCCAGGUCAGACAUUUAUUCACGAAGGUCUCAGGGUCUGUCGUCAACAACUCCGAGACCUUCCAACCUCACCAACGCCGAGAUUUACUCCCUCCAAUCCUCUCGGAAUCCCACUCCCAGAGGAUCAAGCUUCAACCACACGGAUUUCUACUCCAUGAUGGCCGGUGGAAGAAGCUCCAACUUCGGUGCCAACGAUGUGUACGGAAUGUCCGCCACUUCAAGAGGACCCACUCCAAGGCCUUCAAACUACGACGAAGAUGGUGCCAAACCCAAGUUUCAUUACCAUGGCGGCGGCGGCGGCGGCGGUGGAACGGCAACCGGUGGAACAGGACAUUACCCUGCACCCAACCCUGGCAUGUUCUCUCCAACUACCGCUUCAGGUGGCGGGUCCAAGAACGUUGUUGCGAGUGCGAAUACGAAUGCAAAUGCAAAGAGGCCUAAUGGACAAGCUCAAAAUAACAAGCAAGAGGAUCUUCAUAUGUUUGUAUGGAGUUCAAGUGCUUCACCUGUUUCUGAUGUGUUUGGUGGUGCUGGCCAUGAUUAUGGACUCCAUGAUCAGAAAGAAGUCAAGCUAACUGUAUCCCCAGGAAAAGUGGAGAAUCAUCACAGGGAGAAUCAAGAGGAGUAUUUGGAGAAAGAUGAAUUCAGUUUUGGGAACAGAGGGAUUGAUAGGGAAAUGAACCAGCUUGAAGGUGAUAAGGUUGGAGUAGAUGGAAAGGCGAAAACAAUGCCCCCAGCAAGUGUGAUGACGAGGCUUAUUUUGAUCAUGGUUUGGAGGAAGCUUAUUAGGAAUCCCAACACAUACUCUAGUCUUUUUGGCCUCACUUGGUCUCUAAUUUCAUUCAGGUGGAAUAUUGAGAUGCCUGCUAUCAUAGCAAAGUCUAUUUCUAUUCUGUCAGAUGCUGGACUUGGCAUGGCCAUGUUUAGUCUUGGUCUGUUCAUGGCAUUGCAACCAAGGAUCAUAGCAUGUGGGAAUUCCAUAGCAGCUUUUGCCAUGGCCGUGAGAUUCCUUACAGGUCCAGCUGUCAUGGCAGCUGCUUCCAUUGCUGUUGGACUCAAAGGUGUUCUCUUACACGUUGCCAUUGUGCAGGCAGCUCUACCACAAGGAAUUGUCCCAUUUGUCUUUGCAAAGGAAUAUAAUGUACAUCCUGAUAUUCUCAGCACAGCGGUUAUUUUUGGGAUGUUGAUUGCAUUGCCAAUAACACUUGUGUACUACAUCUUAAUGGGGCUAUGAGUGAAUGGAACAUGAUGAUGGAUCAUGCAUUAGAUUCAACAUGUGACAUGCAUCCAUUCAAAUCAAAACUAAAAGCUCGCUUGAGGCUUGUAGAGGAGAGCAUCAGAGAAAGAGAAAGAAAACCAAAAAAGAAACAAGUUCUAAAGAAUAGAGAGAGAAAAAAAAGAAGCAUAACCAGAGAAUUCAAUAGUAGGAAACCCAGGAUGAGAUUUUAAUUUUAUUAUUGUCUCUUUUUUUUUUCCCACUUGAAUGAAUUGCCCUUUUUUUUUUCUUCCUUAAUUAUUUAGUAAAAGAUGUAAAAUCAAUGUUUGUAGCUAAUUUAGUUUACAAAAUGGUUAUGUCGUUAAAUUUUAAUUAUUA